UGAGGUCUCGGAGAGAGAGACCAUCAGAAUAUGCAAUUCGACGAAGAAUGGAGCAAAGCCGAUCCAAUUGUACAUGCACUUCUGCAUCAGAAAUCAGUAACUCCGGCUGCAUGGCAAGAUCUCUUUUAUCACGUGUAUAAAAUCACAUCUUGGGUAGAUGACGGGCCUUUGAAAAUUCGCGAUAUUCUCACUCGAUGUAUCAAUGAUUAUGUUCAUGAAGCAAAUAAAAGGAUAAGAAGCUUGCAAACAGAUGGAAGUCUUCUAAUUGGUUACAUCAAAGAAUGGAAUCGGUUUUAUCAGCAAGCUAACAUUCUUCCACUUCCAUUCAAGAAAAUCGAUGAAAGUUCGAGACGCCGAAGUGUUCCUGAAACUCCGGAAGAAUCUAUUCGUACCGUGAUGCUCGAAAAAUGGAACGAAAUUAUUUUCAUGAAUAUUUCUGAGCAACUACUGGUUGAAGCUCUUCGUUUAGUGAAAGAAGAACGUGAUGGAAAUAUAAUCGACGCACAAAAUGUUAUCGGUAUCCGAGAAAGCUUUGUGGCACUGAACGAUCGAGCAGGGGAAGAUCCACUUUUAGUCUACCGACAAUCAUUUGAGAGACAGUUUAUCGAACAGACCACGGAAUAUUACAAAAAAAUAUGCGGAAAUCUUCUCAACGAACUCGGUGUUCUCGAAUAUAUGGUUUAUGCAGAUAAGAAAUUGGAAGAAGAGCAGCAACGAGCCAAAAGAUAUUUGGAAAUGAAUUCACCAACGUCUGGGAAACACAUGGAAAAAGCAGUAAUUGCACUUGUUGAGUCGUUUGAAGAUACGAUUUUAGCAGAAUGCUCAAAACUAAUUGCCAGUAAAGAUGUCGAGCGUCUCCAACGUCUGUAUCGCUUGAUUCGUAGAACUCGAAGCGGAAUUGAUACAGUUCUCAAGUGUAUUGACACUCAUAUACGAACUGAAGGGUUGAAUGACAUGAGAAACAAUGCUGAGAACCUUUCUACGGAUCCUGAAAGAUAUGUCCAACAGCUCCUUCUUAUGUUCGAUAAGUUUUCUUCCCUGGUUCGAGAAGGAUUCUGUGACGAUGCCCGCCUUUUGACCGCUCGCGACAAAGCAUUUCGGGCUGUUGUGAAUGAUUCGUCAAUAUUCAAAACUGAAAUGAUGAAUAAGAAAGGUCGUACCUUAUCGGUGGAAUCAAAAUGCGCUGAACUACUAGCCAAUUAUUGUGAUCUUUUGCUAAGAAAAACACAAUUGAGCAAAAAACUGACAUCAGAAGAGAUUGAUGAAAAACUCAAUCAAGUGCUUCUCGUACUCAAAUAUGUUGAAAACAAAGAUGUUUUCAUGCGUUUUCACCGAGCCCAUCUUUCACGUCGUUUAAUUUUGGAAAUGAGUGCUGAUCAGGAAAAAGAAGAGAUGAUGGUGACAAAACUUCGAGAAUGCGGAAUGCCAUCCGAUGCAGUUAAUAAAUUAUCCAGAAUGUUACAAGAUAUCGAGCUGAAUAAGGACAUGAACUCUUCUUUCAAAAAGGCGCUAACUGGAACAAAUAACAACAAAUCAAUUGCAGAUUCUAUCAAUAUGAAAGUCUUAAAUGGAGGUGCUUGGGGUCGCGGUGGGUCUGAAAGAAUUCGAUUCUCUCUGCCUCGUGAAUUAGAGGACUUUGUCCCCGAGAUGGAAGCGUUUUACAAAAAGCAACAUAAUGGUAGAAAGCUAUGCUGGAUGCAUCACUGGAGCAGUGGAACUAUGGUCUUCGGAACUGCAAAUGGCGGCAGAUUCGAUCUUGAAUGCACAACGUUCCAGAUGGCAGUUCUAUUUUGUUUCAAUGAUAGAGCUCAUGAUAAAAUAUCAUUGGAAACUCUACGGCUUGCUACUGAAUUACCGGAUGCUGAACUGAAUCGCACACUUCUGUCACUGGUUGCAUAUCCAAAGAUGAGAUACCAAAUUCUUCUUUGCGACGUUCCUUCGACAACCGUCACAGCCAGAGAUUUCACUGAUUCUACAAAAUUCCUUAUUAAUCAUGACUUCAAUGUUGUGAAAAAUGGAAAGUCACAGCAACGUGGAAAAGUUAAUUUGAUAGGAAGACUUCAGUUGUCAUUGGAAGCCAACGCUGAGAAGGAACACGAGAGCAUCGUAGCAUUGCGGGAGCUCCGCGUUCAAGAAGGAAUUGUGAAGAUUUUGAAAACUAGAAAAACUUACACAUUGGCUCAGCUCACAAUGGAGUUGGUCGAAAUUUUGAAACCAUUGUUUAUUCCCAAUAGGAAAAUCAUCAAAGAACAAAUUGAUUGGCUUAUUGAAAACAAAUAUAUGGAACGCCGUGCGGAUGACAUCAACACUUUCGUUUAUAUCUCCUGAUUUUUUUCCUGUAUUUUCCUUUUUAACUAUAUGUUAUAGUAUCAGUCUCACUUUCCGAUCUAGUCAAUUCGCAUUGGCCUCUAACCACCAUAGUUUUUCACCAUUUUUCUGUAUUAUAAUUUGUCAUUUUGCAUCUUCGAUUUGGUAUGGGUCUUAAUUUCUCGGCUUAUUCUCAAAAUAAUUGUAUUGUUAUCAAAUGUUCAUGUCUUACGCGUUCUCUUUUCAAACAUGGUGGCGGUGAAUGAAUUUAUUUUUUACUCG